CGCGCGCGCGCGUGUGUGUGUGAGGCGGUGCAGGCGCAGGGUGGUGGUCGCUUCAAACAUAUGUAGGAGAGAGAGAGAGGCGCUACGUCGUCACAAGAGCGCGAGAGGAACCGUUUCCCGCGGAUAAGUUAGAUACAUAAUAUCCCCGUUCCCUCUUCGGCUAGGCGGGGGAUGGUAGCGGUACCGAGGAAGCAGUAAUCGCUUCUCCUCAGGCCGCCUCAGUCGUCGAUUUAGCGCUGGUGCCGCCGCGAGUAUGUCUCCCGUCAGCGAGGAGCUGGGAGCAGGGGACGCCUCCGCCGCCGCCGCCUCCACUGCCGCCACGGCGCCCGUGCUCGAAGAAAGCGAGGAGGUGGACGGCGAAGAGAAGCAGGAGAACGGGGAAUGGUGCCCGCACGAGGUGCCCCUUGCCUCGGCAGAGGGAGCCGGGGAAGCUCCCCUGAUGACGGCCGUCGUGGCGGCGGCGAUUCCUCCGGAGAAGAAGAAAGAGAAGGGGGAACUGCUGCAGCCCAGCCAGCAGCCCAGCCAGCAGCAGGAAGACGCAGCGUUCGAGCCCCCUGAGGGCGGCUGGGGCUGGCUGGUCAUGCUGGCCUCCAUGUGGUGCAACGGGGCGGUCUUCGGCAUCCAGAACUCGUGCGGGCUCCUGUUCAAGUCCAUGCUUAAGGAAUUCGGAGACCCCAAAGACCCGCAACUAAUGUUCAGGACAGCUUUGGUGAAUUCCCUCUCCAUGGGAAUGAUCUUCUUCUGUUCUCCCAUAGUCAGUAUAUUUACCAACAUGUUUGGCUGUCGAAUAGUAGCUGUUGUUGGAGCAGCAGUGGCUUUUGUUGGGCUCCUUUCAAGCUCAUUUGUAAGCUCACUUGGACCUCUCUACUUCACUUAUGGGAUCUUAUUUGGCUGUGGUUGCUCAUUUGCCUAUCAGCCAUCCCUGGUCAUUUUGGGACAUUAUUUCAAGAAACGCCUGGGACUGGUGAAUGGCAUUGUCACUGCUGGCAGUAGCUUGUUUACUGUAACACUUCCUUUUCUUUUAAAUAUCCUUAUUGACUCAGUUGGCCUAUACAACACUUUCCGGGUCCUGUGCAUACUUGUGUUUGUUCUCUUCCUGGCUGGCUUUACUUAUAAGCCUCUCAUUCCUAGUGCCAAAGGAAGUGGGAAAAAGGGCAAGUUCAAAUUUCCUCCAGCAAAGAAGAUUUUCAACUUUUCCAUUUUCAAAAUUUUGAGUUAUCGAAUCUGGGCUUUUGGGAUCCCAGUUGCCUUAUUUGGAUACUUCAUACCUUAUGUUCACCUACUGAAUCACGUGAAAGAACGCAUUGGUAAAGAUGUGCCAGAUGUGACUCUUCUGCUUUGCCUUGGAAUUACUUCAGGAGUUGGACGAUUGCUCUUUGGCAGAAUUGCAGAUUAUAUUCCUGGUGCAAAAAAGGUUUAUCUACAGGUGAUUUCAUUUUUCUUCAUUGGCCUGAUGUCUAUGAUGAUUCCACUAUGCCAGUCCUUUGGAGGUCUCAUUGCUGUCUGCCUCUUCAUGGGUCUUUUUGAUGGCUGCUUCAUUAGCAUUAUGGCACCUAUUGCCUUUGAGCUAGUUGGUGCAGAGCAUGUUUCUCAGGCAAUUGGAUUCCUUUUGGGCUUCAUGUCUAUACCCAUGACAGCUGGUCCACCUAUUGCAGGAAAGCUACGUGAUCACCUAGGAACUUAUGAUGUAGCAUUCUACCUAGCAGGAGUUCCCCCUAUUAUUGGAGGAGCUAUAUUGUGUUUCAUCCCAUGGGUGCAUGAAAAGAAGAAAUCCAAAGAACAAGCUAAUCCUGUGGAUGGGGAAACUAUUGAUAAAAUGCUGGAAAUCAAAAGCACCACGGACUCAUUUGAGAAACCCAGCAAAGAAUCAGAAUCUGUUAUUUAAUGCUGUUAUUUCCCCCCUUGCCAGAUUGAAUUUAUUUUUAUAAAAACUAGGUUAGCUUUCUGUUUAUGAAUUGAAUGUACCAUAUGAUUGUACUUAAAAAUCAAAGCCACAACAAGAACCAUAUAGUAGUGGUGAAGGUUAAAACAAAAUUGCUAACAGCUAAGAAGGCCUUUCACUUGUUUCUGGAUACAAUUUCAAAAUGCAUUUCUACAUAUACAUGAGGUUUUAUAGCAUCAGAACAUAUACUAGUGAUGUGUAUGUAAGAAGAACUUUAAACAAAACCAAACACACAUAUGACUGCAUUUCUGGAACUCAAAAACUCUGCCAUUUUUAUUAACUGAACCUUUCAGAAUGCCUUCAGUAGUUUUAUAACCCAUCCAGUGGAAUGAUUCAUCUGGAACUUAUAGUAGCAUCUGAUCUUUUAAAGCUAGUAUUGUUAAACUUUUAAAAGUUCUGUGGGGUUUGUCUGUGUGGAUUCACAGCUUUUAAAAACCCUCUUAAAGUCACAUCCUAUAUGGAGUUAGACGUGUCUAUUGAUUUCAGUUGUUUUAAAAAUGCCUAGCUCUGCAUAGGAUUGCAGCCAUAGCCUUUCAGCAAUGGUUUUCUGGAGAAUUAAACUAUGAAACAUAACUUUGUAAUACAAUAUUUACAUCUUUUAUUUUUUUUUGUAAAUCUUUAGUUGAUUAAUUCUGCAAUAGGACCCUUCUUGCAUUGCUUCUUAGUUCUCAGUAUUUCAAAGAUGGAUGGCAUUGUGGCAAUUUUAUAACUGCCUUACUUUAAAUAAUUGAAUUAAACUGGUGAGUUAAUACAAGUUAUUCAUGUGAAUGUGGAAAGGUAUAUUCUAAAAUAACAUUAUUUUUAUAUCAUCUUUAGUGCCUAUUACAGUAGUUCUUUGCUAAUGGGUUGCUAGUAAUAUUAAAACCAACACAGAUGUGAAUGCCUUUAGAUAGAAUGCUUUCUCCUUGGUGCAUAAAAACACAUCCAAGGAAGAGUGAAUGGAUUCAGGACAGAUGCUGAUACCAACAUUGCAACGCAGACGUUUUAGCUACAUCUCCAUGUUUUGAACUACAUGCUAUAACCUGUUAAUAUUCCAUAAUCUGUCCCAUAGUAGUGACCUCCUGCUCCUUGAUUUUUUCUUAUAUGGUCUAUGCUUUCUUCCAGUAUAUACACCCCAGUGUCUGUAUGGUCACUGAAAGCGUUCCAGCCUUCAGUUGACUGGUCUAAAACCAUUCUGCCCAAAUGACUUCCUUUGCUUUCUAGACUUUGAGCAUUGAGAAUCCCAUACACUGUAGAAAAGAAGUAAUAGAAAACACAUUUGCAAUAGCUUCUUUAAAGGAGAUUCUGAGCAUCAGAUAACAGGUAUAGCUCCCACUAUAAGAAUAGAUGUACAAGACCUGAGAGGCUUGCAAAAGCUAUGUGUGCACAGGAUGUAUAUGUUUCUCUUAAUAUACUGCUUUCAGACCAUUUGGCCAUAGCUUUAAAAGACUAACAGUUUGCUGCUACUUCACAAAUAUUGAUUGAAGACUAAAGAAAAUGUUUUCAGUCUCUCCUGUUAUGUCAUACUAGGAAAGUGAACCUAUUGCCACUUGGCACAACUUCACUACUACCAUUCUGGCCAGCAACAUUUUUAUCACUGUUUUAUUUUUUAUCAAUCCUUUAAUUAGCACCAAAAUCUUUGUUCAGCUAUAUUUUUUACAAGUUUUGAAACCAUUUGGGCAAUAGCACUUAAACAAAGCACUUUAGUGCAAAUUAAAUAAUUGAUAAAAAGAUGCGUGAAAGCAAAAUUGCAUGCGCAGCUGAAUUGGCCCUUCCCUGCCAUAUGGUUAUGUCACACACCCACUAAUGUGAAUGGAACUCAGCAGCAGUAUUUACAAACCAAAAAGGUGCAGCAAGUGUGCAUUUAAGUUCAACUGUAGUUGAGCUUUAAUGCACACUGACCUUUCUGUUUCAAAGCUUAUACAUUGUUUAAAGCUGCCAUCCAAUGAAAGUUUAGGAAGAAAAAAGUCCCACAAUUCCCAGCAUUCCCCAGCCAGUCAUGGUUUUUUUUCUGUCUAAAUAUGCAUACAAUGUUCUAAACAUGUAUAAGAUGUUCUGUUGAAACAUGCGUAGACUAUUGCAAUACACAAUUGCUCUGGUUAGAAGCAUAAUUAUUUUACUAUGAACAUGCAAUGUCUACAUCUAUAUGUAUAAUACAAUGCAAAUGUUAAAGUAAUCUAGACAAUUUUUGAAUGUAUUAUUACUUGUCAAUAAGUGCCCAUUUGUGGAUAAGUCCCUGCCACAUGCACUGUUUUUUAAUCUCUGAAGGUUUUUUUAAUAAAGAGACCAAAAAGAAGCGA